AAUGGCAAUCCACAACUUUUUGCAUAUUCUCUUGCUGUUAUGUUCCUUGAUGAUCAUAAACACCGGCUGCACGGCCGAGGUUCCACCGGCGGUGAAAGCGGCAUAUUAUCCUUCGUUUUCGCCGGAUUUCCCACCUUCAGCCAUAAACACAUCAUUCUUCACCCACAUUUUCUAUGCUUUUCUUGUGCCAAAUAAUGUCACUUUCAAAUUUGACUUGCCAAAUUCUACGGCCUUGCUCCUUUCCAAUUUCAUCACCACUCUCCGCCACAAAACUCCGCCGGUGAAGACCCUGUUGUCCAUCGGCGGCGCAGCAGACGGCGUGGUACUGCCAUUCGUCUUUGCUCGCUUGGCCUCAAAAGCUUCGUCACGUUCACAAUUCAUACAAUCUGCCAUAGAGGUUGCACGUAAGUUUGGGUUUGAUGGGCUGGACCUUGAUUGGGAGUUCCCUCAAAGCCCAAAAGAAAUGAAGGAUUUGAGCCACUUGCUAAAAGAAUGGCACCACGAGCUCAAGAAGGAGUCCAAAUCCACGGCCCGCCCUCCGCUACUCCUCACCGCCGCCGUUUACUUCUCGGCCGACUUCUUGUUGGACGCCGUCCCCCGAUCGUACCCGGCGUCGUCACUAAAAAAGUACUUGGACUGGAUCAAUCCAAUGUGCUACGACUACAACGGGGCUUGGAGCAACACCACAGGGCCCAAUGCAGCAUUGUUGAACCCGAAUAGUAACGUAAACUCAAUAUAUGGGCUUAAGUCAUGGAUCAAGGCCGGGAUACCCCCGGUAAAAUUGGUUAUGGGCCUGGCCCUCUACGGCCGGUCAUGGGAGCUCCAAAACCCGAAAAAUCACAGCUUUGGAGCCACCGCUAUUGGGCCAGGCCCAGGAGCAGGGAUGUUGUUUUACCACCAAGUCGAGACGCUACUAAACCAAUCGGGCGCAACUGUAGUGUAUGACGUGGACACUAUAUCCGUGUAUUCGUACAACGGGUCCACGUGGGUUUCGUACGAUGAUGCCUUCACCACGGCCGCGAAGAUAGUGUUUGCUCAGGCCCUUGGGCUUCGUGGAUACUUCUUUUGGGCCCUUAGUUUUGAUAGCGACUGGAAGAUUUCGGCCCAAGCUUCAAAGUCAUGGAUUCUUGAUGAAUGA